CCAGAGAACCAACCUGAGGUGGCCGCGCCAAUAGAAUCCCGCCGUGCCUGCCCAGCCUGGACCUCCAGUACCUAGUUACACAACGCUUUCCCUUCACCACGCCGCAUUCUCUCGAUCCUGCAAGCACUGCAUAUAAUUUUCUCUGCUCUACUGCCUUUAUUAUUCACCACCACCUCGCCGUCCCAAACAGUACCAGCCCCUCGAAUGGUCGCGCUGCAAUGAGCCAGCAUGGUAGCAGCACCGAGCGCCCCAAGCUCGAAUACGUGCAGUACGACAGCAGUCGCGAAAACGAGUAUCUGCCGGCCAUGCGGCAGCUGAUCUCAAAGGAUCUCUCGGAGCCGUACAGCAUCUACGUCUACCGCUACUUUCUGUACCAAUGGGGGGACCUGUGCUUCAUGGCGAUGGACGACAGCGGGCAUUUGGUGGGGGUUGUGGUCUCAAAGCUUGAACUCCAUCGCGGCGCGCAGAGGGGGUAUAUAGCGAUGUUGGCUGUGCGUGAAGAAUACCGUGGACAGGGCAUAGCGACGAAGUUAGUGCGGAUGGCCAUUGAUGCUAUGAUUGAGAGGGAUGCCGAUGAGGUCGCGCUGGAAACAGAAGUCACGAACAAGGCCGCUAUCAAGCUGUAUGAACGACUGGGCUUCCUCCGAAGUAAAUGCCUGCAUCGGUAUUAUCUGAAUGGGAACUCGGCGUAUCGGCUUGUUUUAUAUUUGAAAGAGGGCGUUGGGUCGCUGGGAUUGACGUACGAUCUUCCGCCAGGCAUGGAUCCAUCGCAGGUCCCUAUGGGCUACGCGCAGGCAGGUAGCUUACCGAUUCCGAAACAAGAGAAUGGACAGAUGUUAUGAGGGUGGUCGAUGUUAUUAUGACACAGAUUAAUGGCAUUGGAGGGAUUGGUUUAUGGUAAUAAUGGGAUGGGGCUUGCAUUGGCGGAUCAUUUGAUGGUGGCAUAAAGAUACCAUGUCUUACGAAGUAACGAAUUAGAAUUUGCAUCAUUAUGGCCGAUACCCAUAGCGAAUGAUACAGAUUAUAUGUAGUCUAUUUGUGUGAAAGGUGAAGAAGUAA